CCCCGGACACUCAGUGCCGGCGACUAGACUGCGCAUGCGUGUCAGUGGCUUUAGCAGCGGACCCGGCUGGCAGUUCCUUCCUUGGAAGGAGAGAGUCUUCUGCCAUGGAGUCCUACGAUGUGAUCGCCAACCAGCCUGUCGUGAUCGACAAUGGAUCCGGUGUGAUUAAAGCUGGUUUUGCUGGUGAUCAGAUCCCCAAAUACUGCUUUCCAAACUAUGUGGGCAGACCCAAACAUGUUCGUGUAAUGGCAGGAGCCCUUGAGGGUGACAUCUUCAUUGGCCCCAAAGCUGAGGAGCACCGAGGGUUGCUGUCCAUCCGCUAUCCCAUGGAGCAUGGCAUCGUCAAGGACUGGAAUGACAUGGAGCGCAUCUGGCAAUAUGUCUAUUCUAAGGACCAACUGCAGACUUUCUCAGAGGAGCAUCCUGUGCUCUUGACUGAAGCACCUUUAAACCCUCGGAAAAACAGGGAGAGAGCUGCGGAAGUUUUCUUCGAGACCUUCAACGUACCAGCUCUUUUCAUCUCCAUGCAAGCUGUGCUUAGCCUUUAUGCCACAGGCAGAACCACAGGUGUGGUGCUGGAUUCUGGGGAUGGUGUCACCCAUGCAGUGCCCAUUUACGAAGGCUUCGCCAUGCCUCACUCUAUCAUGCGCAUCGAUAUCGCUGGCCGAGAUGUCUCACGAUUCCUGCGCCUCUACCUACGUAAGGAGGGCUAUGAUUUCCACUCAUCCUCCGAGUUUGAGAUUGUCAAGGCUAUAAAGGAAAGAGCCUGCUACCUAUCCAUAAACCCCCAGAAGGAUGAGACACUAGAGACGGAGAAGGCUCAGUACUAUUUGCCUGAUGGCAGCACCAUUGAGAUCGGCCCUUCCCGAUUCCGGGCCCCUGAGCUGCUGUUUAGGCCGGACUUAAUUGGUGAAGAGAGUGAGGGUAUCCACGAGGUCCUGGUAUUUGCUAUCCAGAAGUCUGACAUGGACUUACGGCGCACACUUUUUUCCAACAUUGUCCUCUCAGGAGGCUCUACCCUAUUCAAAGGUUUUGGUGACAGGCUACUAAGUGAGGUGAAGAAACUGGCUCCAAAAGACGUGAAGAUCAGGAUAUCUGCACCCCAGGAGAGACUGUAUUCCACAUGGAUUGGAGGCUCCAUCCUUGCUUCCCUGGAUACCUUUAAGAAGAUGUGGGUCUCCAAGAAGGAAUAUGAAGAAGAUGGUGCCCGAUCCAUCCAUAGGAAAACCUUCUAAUGUUGAGACAUCAUCUUCACCUCUCUCUGAAGUUAACUCCACUUUAAAACUCGCUUUCUUGAGUCGGAGUGUUUGCAGGGAACUGCCUGUAUGUGUGAGUGAGUGUGUGUGCAUACUGAGUGCCAUGUGGCCCAGGAAUCCCAGGCUCAGAAAGGACAUUGAACUACCCACGAUGGUGAUGGCCUGAGGCCUGGGGUUGACUACUAACUGGCCCCUGACAGGAAGAGCUCUGGCAGAGGCCCACUCCUUCCUCAGCUGGGCCUUUGGCUGGCUGUUUGGAACUACAGUUACCACCACAGGGAGACCUUGCUGACCCCAACCCAACCUACCCAGUACCCUGAGGUCGGGGCGCUGCUGCCUCCCCUUGCUCACCAUUCUGCUUUCCAUGCCUCUGGACUGAGGGGCUGGGGCUGGGGUUAAGUUCUGUCUGGUUUUAUUUCAGUUUGGGUUUGGGAGACUAGGAAAGCACUCCAGCAGUGGCUAUAGACUGGGGUCAGGAGAGAGCAGGGUACACUCAUGUCUACCUAGGGACCAGGACCACACUGGGCAUUUGAGGAGGACAGAAAAUAGCUGCAGGGUUAAUUUUACAAGCCCCAGCCACAUCCAGGGGGUCUUGAGAGACUUUAAGGACCUGUUGGCUCCAGGUCCUGUUAUUUGCUUCUCAUCCAACCUUGUUUCAAUGCCAUCUUAACAGUUUUAUUUAUUGAAGUGUUUGUUCAAUAAAGGGACUGCAGAGCAAGGGUUCACUGCCUCCUGCCCACCAGUCACCUUGCUUACACUAAUGUUUACAGCACUAGGCUUAGCAUAGCAUUCAGGGCCCUGUCACUCCUUGCUGGUGGUGGUGAACUGACAGUAUUCAUAGGCCUCAGGGUCUUGCAGGAUUGGAGGCUACACACAAGGGCACCCCAGCUAGCCUCUUCCUUAACCCCACCUCCAUUUGCUCACUGCCCUGGAACCAACAGGCUAAUUGUUGGUUGGAUUUUUUAAAAAACAAGAAAUAGCAUCAUUUUUGACUGCAGAGGCUCCUUGCAAGGGAGGGGUGUUGGAGUCCCCGUAGAACUGAAGUAAGCUACAGUUAACCAAGUUGCCUUUUGCUACUCUAGCUGACCGGGGGACUAAGUUGAAGUGGCAGGAAGGCCUCUUCUGGAUUGAUCAUGUGCCACUUCUGACUUUGAACCUAUUUGGGAAUGGAGGGAAAGAGCCAGACCAAAGUGCCAAGAGCUAAUGGGCUCAGGCCUGGCUCCUAGCAAUGGUCCAAGGGCCUUUGGCCUAGGUGGUACAAAGUUGGGGUGAGCCUGUCUUCACUGGCAUCCUCACCUGUGAUACCAAGUCCCAGAUUCCAGACAGUAUUCUUUCCCCAUACCAUCCUAUGACCAAAGGCCCCUGCCAGAUGUUAAGCUGAAGCUGGUGUGUGUGAAAACAGUGUGGCGACCCUUGGACUACAGUGCGCUUAACCAGCUCACCUUCCUUCUCUUAGCCCAAGCUGUCCCUUGCACAGCCUCGCACAAGCCACGUUGCCUGGUGGGGCCCAGUGUACUUAAAUAAAGUUGUUCCAAUAGACACAUCA